AUGGACCAAAAGACUGACGCAUCUACAACGCUUACACUUCCUACUAUCAAGGAUAGUGAAGAUAUAGGCAAACCAACUGAUUCUUCCACGAAAUAUAAAUCCCCUAUUAUGAGGGAUUAUUUAGAAGCCGAAAAGUCAUCUUAUACUUCUGCACAAUAUAUUGACUCUACUACGAGUGAUUUAACAGGUGGAGAUAAAGCACCGAACGAUACCUCAAAUAAUAAGUACCCAUAUGUGAAAGGCUUCUUUCAUUUAUUUAAUUCGUCAGACCCUUUGACAAGUGAUAAAGUUGCUACCACUGGAGAGAAAAAGGUAGAGUCAACAAACGAUUCGACGACGGAUAACUCUCCGGAUAAACUAAAAGAAAAUGAAGUGAAGGAUGCCAUACCAAACACAGGAACGUAUCGCAUAGGUCCAGCUUUAUAUAAUGAACAGAGAACAAAAAAUCUAUCACCGUUUGCCUCAACCAAGAUCAAUUCUCCAGUAGGAAUCAGAAUUGAUGAUAAAGGAGAUGAAUCCUUAAAUUUUGGAACUGAGGACACCCACGUUGGUUUGUUAAAAGAGCAUGAUAAGAAUAACGCAACAGAAAACGAAGCAGAAAAUGUUGAAACCCCAAAUGAUCUAACAGAAUCUAAAAAGAAAGAUGAAAAGAAAAUUGGUUCCUGGAAACAUUCGUAUCCAAAUGUAGCUAAACCUGACACGAAAGACCCAUUUGCUUAUAGGGUGCGGAAGUACCAAGAUCCUAAGAAAUACACUUACCCUAAGGAAAAGGAGUCCGAAAACGAAAAGGUGGAUCAAAAAUCAGAUGCUACUUUGAAGGACCCAGCUUCUCCUUUCAAUGUGAAUAAAAGUGAAUCAGCAGGAACAAAUGCUGAGUCAAAUGACAAUUCUCAUGUUAGAUUAGAAGAGGAAACUAGUGAAAAACCAUCAGCAGCCAUUUCUUCAAUUGAUAAAUAUCCUGUUAUAGAAGAACCGGAAGAAUUGGAGUACGAACACGAGGGAGAAGAUGAAGACAGACAUGGAGCAUCGAAAGGGCAUUACCAGAAUGGAGUAGAUGAUUAUGGGGAAGACGAAGACCAAGAUUGGUAUGAAGAAUCAACAGGUAAAUACCGACAUGGAUUAGAUGACUAUGAGGAAGACGCAGACCAAGAUUGGUAUGAAGAACCAAGAGGUAAAUACCGACAUAGAUAUGAUGACUAUGAGGAAGACGAAGAGCAAGAUUGGUAUGAAGAACCAACAGGUAAAUACCGACAUAGAUUUGAUGACUAUGAGGAAGACGCAGACCAAGAUUGGUAUGAAGAACCAAGAGGUAAAUACCGACAUAGAUUAGAUGAUUACAAAAGGGAGCAUGGAGAGGAAGAAGACACAUAUGGAUAUGAAGAUUCAAAAGAUGAAUAUUAUAAUGGAAUUGACGAUUAUGAAGAUUACGAAGAGUACGAAGAUGGGUAUGAAGCAUUGAAGGAUGAACAUCGCGGUGGAGUAGAUGAUUAUGAGGAAUAUGGGCAUAUGUAUGAAGAUCCAAGAGAUGGAUACCAUUACAUGUCGGACGGCUAUAAUGGAGAUAGUGAAGAGGAACAACACAGAGCAGGGUUUGAAGGGUCAACAAGUGAUUAUGACUACACGUCAGAUGAUUAUGAGAGUGAACAUGAAGAGGGUGAAAGAGAACAAAGGUAUGAAGAAUGGGUAGAGAGACAUCCCGAUGGGUUAGGUGAAGCUGUAAAGGGAGAAGCUGUAAAGGGAGAAACUGUAAAGGGAGAAACUGUAAAGGGAGAAACUGUAAAGGGAGAAACUGUAAAGGGAGAAACUGUAGAGGGAGAAACUGUAGAGGAAGAAACUGAAGAGGGAGAAUCUGAAGAGGGAGAAUCUGAAGAGGGAGAAACAGAAGAUGAGAUUGAAGAAUCGAAAAAAAAAUAUGGACCUGAAAUACCUUCAAAUGUUUUAGAAGACUGGGAAGAUUCCGAUGAAGAGAUAUAUACGAAAACUUCAAAUUCGUCAUCAAGUAAAAAAGACCAAAAUAAUAAAAAGAAGAACGAAAAGAAGAACAAAAAGAAGGGAAAAAAGAAAAGGAAAUGUUACCUAUUCUGUUUGUUCUAG